CAGAAAGUUGCAAUAGAAUGUGGCAAAUAUGCAAAAUUUUCAAACUUCCUUCUGUUUUUUGCGAUAGUGUAAAGAGCAGUAAUGGCGGUGCAGAGUUUCUUCCUUCUGGUGAUUUUUCUCAGUAAAUGUCUUGGUCAUACUGAGUUUGUUUAUACAACAAAGAAUGAAGUAAAAUUGUUCUGCAACACCAACAAAUGGCAAAUAAGCACAGAGUCUGACAACAGAAUUGAUGUGAGUUGCACAGUGAAGUGUGUUCCUGGUGAACAGCUCAAACUUAACAAUAUCCAGAAAUUCUGUACAAAUGAAGAUUCAGAUAAAGUUGAGGAAAAAUGUCCACUAAUAGCAACCAGUGGAUAUUUUCGAUGUGUCACUGCUCUGGAUUCUGGUUUCUUGUAUCCAUUCGCACCGUCUCCCAACACUGUCACCUCAUACAUAGUCGCCACUGCAAAUGAACUCAUAACAAAAAAGUCUGUGGAAAGAUCUUCAGUCGUGCUCACUGAAGGUGAAGAUGUGCUUUUAAACUGCAGUUUCAACCGUACAGAAGGAUAUGACAAUAUAGAUUUUACCGUGUACUGGAUCAAGACCAUUGAAAAGAACAGUAUCUGUGUUUAUUCUUAUGAUUUUGAAAACGCUUAUGGUAUAAAGUACAAUUUUAAAUGCAAUGUGCAAGAAGAUCUGCUUCAAAGGUUCUCAAACCAAACUGAUGGCAGAAACAUCCAUAACAUCAGGAUCAGUAACGUAACAGAGUCAGAUGCUGGACAAUAUCUUUGUGCUUUACGAGCAAACACAAAUAAUAAAGCCAAAGGAAACUGGAAGAUCAUAAGUAAUGUUACAGUCAGUGUACAUAAAGGAUCUGAGGACAAAGGAUCUCAAAUAUCUGGAAACAGUUUUGAAACCAUCACUUUAUGCACCACAAUUCCCAUAGUACUGGCUCUUGCUAUAGCUAUUGUGGGGUUUAUUUGGAAAAAGAAUAAAAACCCCCCAGGAUCUCAGGUGAUUGAACUACAAAGAGACCAACAAGGGGGUGAUAUGGAAGAAACAGCUGAUGUGGAAUGUUCUCCGUAUGCUGUAGGGAGUGGAGAAGAGGUAAUUAAGUUCAAAUGCAAGCAGGAUGCUUUAAAGCAGAAAGACCAAGAAGUAUCCAUAGUCUAUUCAGUUGUGAUGCUGUCGGAACUCAGAGCCGGUCUCCAAGUCGACACAUCGCAGGGUGAUCUCCACACUUAGACUUUUUGGUUACUAAAGACUUAUUUUUCAUGACCUCAGACUAAACACCUGGGCCUUCUUCAGUC